AUGGCGAAGAAAUCCGCACGCGCGCUGGCGGCCGCCGAGGCCUCGCGCACGCCUCCGCCCGAGCCACCCUCGAGAGUGUCGGUCAACGACCUGUCGGCCAAAUCGUGCCUGACAUGUGGGAGGGUGAUCACCCCGCGCGCCAAGUGGGCCUCUGACUGGGGUAGCAUCAAGUACUGUUCUGACCGAUGCCGCUCUUCGCGGCCUGGUAAACUCGUAGCCCGGUUCAGCCAGGCUGAGAAGCACGCCGCACUGGCGAAGUACGACGGGUGCAAGGUCAAGGGCGACGAGAUGCAUGUGGAUGUAGAGCUGUGGGUCGAAUCGGUGCUGCUAGACGUAGCUGCGCGAAAGAAGGAGGCUACGCUCGACGACGUACAGCAACAAAUACUGGUUCUGCUCAAGGAAGCAGAGGUGUUGCAGGAAAGUGAACUCGAGCAGAGAAAGGCGGGUUCAGACGGGCAGGACGCAGAGGAGGCGACAUGGACGGAAGAUGAGCGGAGGCAUCCGCUGUGGAAGGCAUUAGACAGUGCGCCUGGGCUGCGAGAGCGUACACGACGCGCAGCGAGACGGCUGGCACUCGGCAUCACCCACGACUCGGAUCCAGCACAGACAGCCAUCACUACGACCGAAAGCGGCCGAAUCGAGCUGCUCCAGGCGCGCAAAACUCUUCGCACCGUCGAGAACCUCUCGUUCGCUAAGGGGACACUCACAGUUCGUCGCAAAUCGUAG